GUUAGCUUUGCUGUUCUUGUUUGCUUUUUUGGCAGGCAGCAAAUAAGAAGCAGAAGUACAAAAGGGGGGAGGGGGAGCGGCUGAAGUGGCGUUUGCUGUGCUGUACAUUCAUGCAUGUGAUCAGAAACGACCCCCGACAGCGCAUCGAGAGAAUAAUAUCUUAUCUUCUCCCUCCCCCUCCUUCAGCAGUCACCAUUACCCCUCCUUCCGAGUGGUUAUGCUCACUGGACCCCGGACAUGGCCCCAAUGAUCGCCGCCCGGCUGAACAGCCUCCGAUCGGUGAACAUCAAGGACCCUGUAACAGCCGCUGAUUACUUUGCAGCACAAUGGGUCAACCCUAGCGAUAUUUUCUCCGUUCUUCUUCUGUUAGGCCCCGAGAUUGUUCAACAAGCGGUCGCCCAGCUGGCGGGGCGCAUCAUCACCCCUGUCGCCUUUUCGUUCGGGUGGGUGGCGUACUCUGCCACAGCAUUACUGUCAAUGGUUGGAGAGGGACGCCUGAUGCCCGAGACCGACAUGCUCAGUACCCUCGUGAUUCGUGCAGACACCGGACAUGUCCGAACCACCAGUUCGUGGGUCUUAGGUCGCAUGUUGCGCGACCUGGAUGAUCGAUAUGACGAGGAGAUGGAAAAUGAGGAAGCCCAUGUUUCACCCUGGCAGGCCAUCUCGGCCCAUCCACCUUCUGCCGAAUGCCGCUCCCCGGGAGAACAGAAGAAGAAAAAGAAGAAGCCGUGGGAAGCGCUGCACAUCUCGGUCUAUGAAGUCAUCGACGAAGAGGGAUACAAGCAUGGCGUCCCACAUCGUGACUGGGUAUGGUACUCGGGCUUUCUGGUCAUCUUGGUGCAGCUGGUCAUUGCGAUGCUGCCUUGGGUGCUGCAUGGGGAGUGGGGGACCUUCUUCAUCACCGCCUAUGGGAACCUUCUGGCCCUCCUGGAGGGCUCUCUCCCUCAGUGGCGAAAAGAGAAGUGGUCGUGUCCCCGCAAAGGGGGGGCCACCGUGACUCUUACCCAAGGCAAUGGGAGCCGACACGCAGUGGUCAUCCUCGGGAAAAAGGGGGUAGGGUUGGAUCUGGAGAUUCUGGCCCGGGGAACUCGCACCUCGGCCCCCUCACACUUCACCCGCGUGGCGGCCGCGCUUCUAACCAUUCAAUGGAUUGGCCUGCUGAUUACCGCCGAUGGGUUGGAGAUAGAUACCUGGUACCUGUUGGGAAUCGGAGCCCUGGGAAGUAUACAGAAUGUGAUAUCCGCGGGAGCCCCGCGGUCUCCGAGUGCAUUGGGGGUUCACAUUCGCGAUCUGGGCCAGCCCAUCCGGGGCAAACGCGUGGCGGAUGCGCUGAAGGCCGCGGAGCAGCAGUAUCCCGGCGUGGGCAUGAGUCUGGUCCCUAUUUUCUUCCCCGGGUCCAUGCGAGUCGAACCCUCCGAGUUUGACUUUUGGCGAGCAGCCCAACAGCGCCAAAUGGGUCCGAAUUCCCACGGCACUCGCAUCGACAAUCUUCCCCCUCCAUCCACCUCUAUCACGCCUUACCAGGAGAUUGUAGAGCAUAAAUCCAUGUUUAGCUGAGAUUUCACAAAAAUACAUGACCC